UGUAUAUUUGUACUUAAUAUAGACCGUCGGUGCUGGGGGCGACAACACCGCGCAUGCGCAUAACGCCCACCGUCGCACCUGGUACUUGUUGCUCAGGUGCGACUGCUGCGUGAUGCCAAGGACUGUUUUAUACCGCAGGAUUGUUUAUCUUCCAAAUAAUCAUGAAACGUCGCCAUUGACAUCAGUGAUGCUUUCUGGAAGGGAAAAAAUAUAUUUAGUAAGUAGAGAGAAACAACAAGGAGCCUUUUUUUUCCAUCUCUGUCGACUUCACUAAUUUCUGAAUUCAUCUUUCUUGUGACUUGGCUGCAGGCGAUGGGCAAAUGCUGCAAGUGCAACGGGAGGCUGCUGUGCCUGUGCUUGUUACCCUGCAUGAUGACCGGCCACCUUCUCAUCUACAUCAUGGUCACCAUAUUCGUCACCAUCUCCUAUGCUCCCCCUAAAAUAACCAUCCACUAUGUCGCGCCGGGGAUUUCCGCAAACUCCGGCGCUCUGGCCUCUCACCCGCUCGGCCCCUUCUGGAACCUUCAUCUGGAGAACAGUGCCUUGUGGAACCGGCUGCAGCACUCUUUGGACCGUCAGAACAAUCCCAUACUACGUGGAAACACCACCGGGACUCUGAGGAAGCCCAAAGCAGAGUUACCCGGUCAAACCGGAGACAAGUGCCUUCCUGACCGUACAUCAUGUAAGUGCUCAGAAGCCGGUCCGCAUGAUGUCAACAAUAUGCCCGAACAAAUCGGGGUAUUUGUCAGGUCAAUGCACUGCAGGAGUUAUCCAAUCCUCAUCAAUCAGCCGACGACGUGCAAAAGGAACGAGACCAGUCGAGAGUAUCCGAUGCUCCUCAUGGCCGUCAAGUCUCAAGUGGGGAACUUUGAAAACAGGCAAGCCAUCCGUGAAACAUGGGGCCGCAGUGGUUUGGUUAAAGGGGAGUCUCACAGGAAAGGUGGGUUCGUGCGUACGGUCUUUCUGCUGGGAAGGCAGGACUCCAGUACGGGACCUCAUCCGGACCUCAAAAACUUUCUGGAGCUGGAGAACCGGAAGUACGGCGACAUCCUCCAGUGGGAUUUCAAAGACACUUUCCUCAACCUGACCCUGAAAGACUUGCUGUUCUGGCAUUGGCUCCAGCAACACUGUCCCACAGCCGUGUUCGUCUUCAAAGGGGACGAUGACGUCUUCGUCCGGACCGGCGCUCUCCUGGAUUACUUGCACCAGCAGUGGGAGGAGCACAAACUGCGCAACCAAACUCACAUCAAUUUAUUUGUGGGGGAUGUCAUCAGUAACGCCUUCCCGAACCGGAAUCCAUCGACUAAAUACUACAUACCGGAGAACUUCUAUAAAGGUGCCUACCCAACGUACGCUGGAGGGGGAGGGGUGGUAUAUUCCGCCUCACUGGCGUUACGACUGAAAGAGGUGUCCAAAAAGGUAUGCCUCUUCCCCAUCGAUGACGUUUACUUGGGAAUGUGCCUUCAGAGACUGGGGUUGUCUCCGAGCCAUCACCCUGGUUUUCUAACAUUUGACCUCCCGGAGACGGACAGAGGGAAUCCCUGCGCUCACAGGUCCGUGCUGCUGGUGCACAGGCGGAGUCCCAAAGAGAUGUUGACGUUGUGGCACCAGUUGCACAAUCUGCCCGCUCACUGCUGAGCUUCAUUUGCCUGUCAAAUAUAAAUAGCCUGCGAGCAGCCACCUGAAGGGUGAACUCUGGGUGACUUAGCGGGUCUAAUUCAAGCAGGUAAUAUCCUAAACAAGGUCAAUGAAUACCACGCUGUGACGAUACACUCACGAGGCCAGUCCAUACACGAUAUCAGUGACGUGCGGUGAGGUUCAAGGCAGUUGAGGUACUUUUUCAAUAUUAAAUCUUAGAUGAUGUCAUCAUUGUUAUUACAGUAAGGGCCCUAUUCUCCCAUGUGCUUUAGUAAAAAAAAGGUGUGCAGAUUCCCAGUCGCUGUCUUCAUCCAAGAUGCACACUCUGGUGGAGCCACCCUCAGAUGUGGGUGUUGCCUGUCAAAUAUGGCCUUCUAUCCACGUAAAUACUUGUGUUCUUAUGCGCCUCUGAGCCGCCAAUAAGUCCAGUGCCCCUGGAGGAUGAAAAAUGAUAUUGCGCUUGAAGUUUGGAUAUAGUGUUAACCACACAUAAGAAAAUGGUAAAAGAAACUUCCAGAAAACUGUGAAAUCUAUUCUGAUCGCUUCAA